AUGACGUGGGGGGUGCAAAACACCGAAUCGGAGGCGCACGAGCAACUCGAUUACGCGGUGAAGACGCGAGGGGUGAACUUCAUCGACACGGCGGAGAUGUACCCGGUGCCGAGCUCGGCGCCGGGAUGGAAACCGGGACGAACGGAAGAGAUCAUCGGUAACUGGCUGGAGAAGAACGGACCGGAACUGCGACGAGAGUUGGUGUUGGCGACGAAAGUGAGCGGGUAUCAGGCGAAGAGCGAGACGGCGGCGAAUCGAACGAUCCCGGCGGGAGAGCCGUGCCCGGCGAGAUUGGACCGCGAGAGCGUUCUCGCGGCGUGCGAAGCGAGUCUGCGACGAUUGAAAACGGAUUACAUCGAUCUGUAUCAGGUGCAUUGGCCCGAUCGGUACCUUCCGAUCGGCGCGUUUUCGGGCUCGACGGAGUACGAUCAGAGCAAGGAGCGUCCGAACACGGUUCCGAUUCGAGAGACCGUCGCCGCGCUCGGAGAGCUCAUCAAGGCUGGAAAGAUCAAACACUACGGACUAUCGAACGAGAGCACGUUUGGGGUGUGCGAGUUCGUGCGAGCCGCCGAUGAGCUCGGCGUCCCGCGUCCCGUUUCGAUCCAAAACUCGUACUGCUUACUCCACCGCCAGUUCGACACCGAAGUCGCCGAGGCGUGCGCAAAGUCCAACUACAACAUCCUUCUCCUUCCGUGGACGCCUCUCGCUGGAGGCGCUUUGACUGGUAAAUAUCUCGACGGCGCGCGCCCCGAGGGCGCGCGCCUGACGAUGUUUCGCGGCUUCCAGCAGCGCUACAUCAACCCGAACUCGGUCGAGGCGACGAAGCAGUACAAGAAGAUCGCCGAUGAGGCGGGAAUCAGUCUCACCACCAUGGCGCUCAACUGGUGCAAGACGCGACCGUUCGCGACGUCCACCAUCAUCGGCGCCACGACCAUGGAGCAGCUCAAGGAAAACAUCGACGCCUUUGAGCCGAGCGUCAAACUCUCCAAGGAGACGCUCAAGGCGAUAGACAAGGUGCACCUCAACUGCCGAGAUCCGUGCAUCGGGUAA